AUGGCGCAUCCCAAGAAUACCAGAUCCAAGUUGAUUAUGGACCAGGCUUCUGCUGAUGGUGGUGUCAUUCCACCUGUUGACCCGCUGGUCAAUCCUGCUGCUGUUGAUCUGUCUGUUGAUCCGUUGGUCAAGUCUGUGGGAGACAAGGCAUUGGGAGCGUCAGACACCAUCUCGUCAACAGUUAACAACAUUGCAUUGGGAAGCUCUGGCCUGUCGGUGGAAGAGAAGGCAGUGGAUGAUGACGGCUUCAUUGACGACGAUUCGGAUGUAGAAAUGGAGAUCGACCUGGAAAAGGAGUCGGCUCUCAAGCUGCGUUCAACACUUAUCGUGUUGUUUCCUUUAAAGGACUUGUCUACCUUUUCCCAGGAGAUCUGCACUGCUGGCUGCACGUGGUGUCAGAUCCUGCAGAUCGGUCGAAGACCAUCCUGA